AUGCCUGCACGUAUCAACUCAAUUAAGAGGCGUUUAGCUUCCGAAUGUAUAAGCUCAAAGCAUCUCAUACCUCUAAUCAAUUCUAUUCUCGCUGAUGAGACAGAUAUCGAAAUUUGGAAGCAACUGACUGAUCUGAUGGAUUCUCUGGAGCCAAUCCCUCCGACCGUGAUGGAUGUUAGAUCGCCACCAUUCAUUGAUUCACGACACAUACGGUAUACGGCUCCGCUUGAAGGUCAGGACCAAUUCAUGGAAUCAUUGAAAGAUGAGCUUAGGAUCGAAUUAGCAGGCACAAUUUUUGAGAAUGUCGACGGCUUCUACAAAAAGUACUUUGAGGGGACUACUUGGGCAAACAAGUGUAAGGAUAUUGCAAAGCGCUACGUGAACAGGCCAGAUAAAGUGAGCUUCCAGUUCCCCACCAAUCCAACGGAAGCCAAUGUUUGGGAAUGGAUCAAGGCGGUUCAAGCGAAAUUUAUCGAGCCUUACAAGCCAUACAAGACCUCCAAGGAACAGAAACCUAUUCCUCUCCGCGCUGAGACGUUCCAGACUACAGGACCUGGGCAGAUAAAUGGUGGAUUGGCUCCGCGGCAAAUUGAUAUCUUCCUCAAGAGUCGCCAUCUCCCAGCUCGUACUCCCCACGACUGGCGAGACGUUCUUGUUAUAGGCGAGCUGACGACCUCACCCGUUGGGAAGUGGACCGACAAAUUUCUACAGCUCUCGGUUUACAUGCGGGAGGUAUUUGCGGCGCAGCCAUUGCGACGAUUUGUGCAUGGGUUUCUAAUGUUUGGAACACAACUGCAGCUCUGGGUUUACGAUCGAUCUGGACCGUAUUCGUCUGACUUCAUUGAAAUCAGCAACGAUGAACUUGGCAUUGAUCCUAGUAUCUAUCAAGAUAAGAAGAAGACCAUCAUCACAGUAACUGAUGCCGACACUUUGAAGGAGAAGAAGUUGUACCUUCAGCCACAGCCGUUCAUAAAGCAAAACGCAAUUGUCACGCACGGCACGGCGAUAUUCCUUUCUCUGGACAAGACGUUUGUGGUGAAGAUUUCUUGGAGAGCUGUAGGACGCAAGUCGGAAGCUGAACUUCUUUUGAGGGCACGGGGCGUGCGAGGGCUAGCGACAUUGAUUGGAUCGAGCGAUACCUGCAAGAUUAGUGAACUUCGCAGCGAGCUUACUUUCACGGAAGGAAUGAAAAAAGAUAUUCAUCCACCUGAAUCCAAGAUGACGACGGCAUGCAACUCAGCACAAUCUGGGUCUCAAAACUCAGGUGAAAGCGCUGAGCUAAACGGAGGUGUCAAGCGUGGCAGCGAGUUCAUCGACGGUGCUAAUAAGCAAGAUAUCCGAAGGAGCAAGAGGGCGUGUGUCGUAAAUAUUUCAAGGCAAGCUCAGCUCAACGCCGCGACAGCAAGAAUACGUAAAAGCGUCAAAUCUGGCGCCCCAGGAAGCAAAACUGGAGCGAAAAAUGGGUCAAAGAUGUCGGAAGCUAAUGCGAACCUCGUGAUUAAAGUAGCAGCUUCAGAAACGCCUACUGCACAGGAUAAUCUGGCCACAGAAAGCAGCCUUGAUGUUGGUCAAGGGUCAAACUCAUCUUUGGGAAAAAGGAACAGAGAUGCUGAUGACAACGACGCCAACACCGAUGUGGACAUGUUACCUGAGCGAGAUAUGAAGAAGCUCUGCAUAUCAGGCAAUACUGGAGAAUCAGAUUUGGAAGCCAGCGCCGGGCCUGUGACUACGCAAGAAAACGACGUCCCAGGAGCCUCAGGCGAACAAGCGCUUGUUGAUGCAGAGAUGAAAACUUCGGCACCUGUUCCAGAUGUCACCAACACUGAUUCUCCGACGAUUUACAGGAAUCGUUGGAAGACAGUCAUCGCAUCGAAACCUUUCGGACGUGCUAUCGAUGAAGAUACAACACCCCUUGAACUGAUUUGCGGGCUACGCGACGCAAUUAAGGGCUACAAGUCACUUUUUAUGGAUUCGAAAAUAUUGCACCGCGAUAUAUCGACAAAUAAUAUUAUAUUGACAGACCCGAAGCUCAAUGAUGGUUGUUAUGGGGUGUUGAUAGACUUGGAUCUGGCAAUUUCGAUGAGUGAUGAUAGUUGUUCAGCAGAUGCCAAGCUCCUGACGGGGACGAUGGAGUUUAUCGCACUCGGUAUUUUGAAAGCUCAUGCACUCCCAGAAGGGGAUGGAGUUAUUCAUUCGUAUCGACACGAUCUAGAAUCUUUCUUCUAUGCACUCAUUUCAGUCUGUAUACGUCUUGGAUGGCCCUCGAAAAAAUGCCCUUUCAUUGGUACGCUAAGGAAAUGGUACAAAGGAGAAGUCGUGAAUACAUACUUCUCUAAAAAAGGCGCAGUUUCUCCCUCAGACUUCAAAGCCAUAAUUUUGGAUGCAUUCUCGCCAAAAUUUAAUUGCGUGAAAGAGCUAGCUUCAAAGUUGCGUAUCAAAUUAUUCCAAAGAAAUAUCGAUCCGUGUAUAGAUACCGACCCGUUUCCUGAAGAUCUUUAUAACUCGAUAUUGAAAGCUUUCGACGAGGAAAUUGUAAAGAUGAAGCGCGGUAAUAACAGAGAAUAUAAGGAUAUCAAUGAUGUCUUGGAAGAAUAA